ACUGGCUGGAUUAGAGCUUUAAUUCAUCAUUGUCACAGUUCAACAUUUGAAAUUCCAUUUAAGUCUUCAAAAGGCAAGUAUGAGGCCCAAAAACAAGGUUGGGAUAGACUGAACCAGAGUGAUUACGGAUCAAACGAAGGCUACGUGAAAUUGGACAAGAAUU